CUCCAUUCCGUGACACUUUGGGCCUUGUGCUGAUAAAACAAGGGGUCGCUGCUGGCUCGCAGCUCGGAGUCUCUGUUUCCUGCUGCUGGCUCUCUCUGUUCGCUCCGAGCCUCGAUGUGCGCAGAGAGGAGGAACAUGUCCGCCGUGCAGCUGCUGCGGGUGUCGGUACAUGAGCGGAUCAGCGCUGCCGCCGAAGACUUCCUGCUGCAGGUGGAGAAAGGAGGAGGAAAGGAUCGAGUCCCGGAACUGAGAGCGAUGCUCACCGAGCGGCUAAUGGCGGCGGGGGAGGAGAUCCUCACGGGGCUGGAGGAAACCUUGUUAGAGUCCGAGGAGCGAGUGGAGCGGUCCGAGCGGGAGAUCCGUCGCCAGAGGAGGCUGCUCGAUGCCGUGAUGCAGCCCGAAGUCCGGCUGCACAGAGCAGACGUCCAGCAACUGAUGGUGAAUAAAGAAGAGCAGCAGCAUUGGAGCCCCCUUGUGGACCAGCAGGACCCAGAGUCCCCCCACAUUAAAGAGGAACAGGAGGAACCGUGGACCAAUCAGGAUGUACAGCAGCUUCAAGGACUGGAGGACGCUGAUAUCAAGUUCACAUUGACUCCUGUCGCUGUGAAGAGUGAAGAAGAUGAAGAGAAACUUAAAUUGUCAAAGCUUCAUCCGAGUGAGACGAAGGAGAACAGAGCCGACUGUGGAGGACCAGAACCAGCCAGGAACUCAGGUCCUGAUGGACGUUUACAACCAGGUCCUGAGGACAAGACUGAAGACUCUUCUGAGACUGAUGACAGUGAGGAUGAUUGGAUGGAGACCGUAACUUCCCCACGCCCUGUUCUCCUCUUGUGUCCUGCAGACGUCCAGCAACUGAUGGUGAAUAAAGAAGAGGUUCCCCCUAAGCAGCAGCAGUGGAGCCCCCUUGUGGACCAGGAGGUCCCGGAGCCCCCCCACAUUAAAGAGGAACAGGAGGAACCGUGGACCAAUCAGGAUGUACAGCAGCUUCAAGGACUGGAGGACGCUGAUAUCAAGUUCACAUUGACUCCUGUCGCUGUGAAGAGUGAAGAAGAUGAAGAGUAACUUAAAUCGUCGAAGCUUCAUCCGAGUGAGA